GGAGGAGAGGCGCAGGCGGAGCUUCGCAGUCGCGGGGCAACUGAGGUUGAGAAGUGGAAAAGGCUCGCGCGUGGUCCAGUUAUGGCCGGCCCGGGCUUGGUGGCGGGCGAAGUCGCCGUAGACGCGCUGCCCUACUUCGACCAAGGCUAUGAGGCGCCGGGCGUCCGGGAGGCGGCCGCGGCGCUGGUGGAGGAGGAGACGCGGCGCUACCGGCCUACCAAGAACUAUCUGAGCUACCUGCCUACGCCGGACUACAGCGCUUUCGAGACUGAAAUCAUGAGAAAUGAGUUUGAACGUCUAGCAGCUCGACAGCCCAUAGAAUUGCUGAGCAUGAAAAGAUAUGAGCUGCCUGCACCCUCCUCUGGGCAGAAGAAUGACAUUACAGCAUGGCAGGAAUGUGUUAAUAACUCAAUGGCUCAGCUGGAACACCAAGCAGUUCGAAUUGAAAAUUUGGAGUUGAUGUCUCAGUAUGGUUGCAAUGCCUGGAAAGUAUAUAAUGAGCAUUUAGUCCACAUGAUUGAACAGGCACAAAAAGAGCUGCAAAGUUUAAGGAAACACAUCCAAGACCUUAACUGGCAGCGGAAGAACAUGCAACUUACAGCUGGUGCUAAACUUCGGGAAAUGGAAUCUACAUGGGUGUCCCUUGUCAGUAAAAAUUAUGAGAUUGAACGAACUAUUGUGCAGUUGGAAAAUGAAAUUUCUCAAAUUAAGCAGCAACAUGGAGAGGCAAAUAAAGAAAACAUCCAGCAAGACUUCUGAGUUUUGCUUUAGUCUUUUGUUGCCCAAUGCAACAUUGCCUGAAGCCUGUGCAUGACUGAAGAUCUUGAUUUCUCUAUGUGUAUAAUGAUACAGAAGCCAUCAUCUGUAUUAAUUGAUUCCUGAACUUUAGCUCAAACUGAUUGCAAAGUCCAAACUUCUUCAGAAGAUUUAUUAAUUUUUCAGAUUUUUAGCAUGAGGGUUGUGGGGGGAGGGAUUUAUUUUUAUGAAGGAUUGUAUCUUUUUUUAAAAGGAAUAUAAAAAUAAAAAAAAAUCAAUGUAAUCUUCUAGCAAGAACAAAGCAUUGCAGUUGAAAAAUCCUAUGGCAAAAUUUAUGUUGCCAAUGAUGAUCAAAAAUACUUUCAAAUGUCACAAAGCAAUUAGCAAGAUCUAGAAAAUGGAAUAAUUUACUUAUAUUUUAUAUUUGCUCUUGGGCAAAAAAAUGGAUUACAGUAUGUGUGUAUUGUAUACAAAUAUGCAUAGUGGCAGCAAAUACCUUUGUUCUAAGUGUCAAGUUUAUAUAUCAGAUUAGUCAAAAUGGUAUAAUGGGAUUUUUCAUGUAUUGUUACUUAGGGGAUGUGGGACAUUGCUCUGGUUAUUUAAUUUGAAAUACAGUAAACCUUUGGUUUAAUAGAGCUUGGUUUUGCAGACUGCAGAUACAAUGGACACAUUUUGUGUUUGAACUUCACCCUAUUUAAUGGACUAAUGUCCUUCAAAUCAAGGUUUUGGUUUUACUGCAAAUGAUGUCAUUCAUAUCGGUUAUACAAUUACACAAAUGAUGUAAAUUGAAAUAGACUUAACAGAUACCUCUUC